CUCCCGAGCCGCGCUCCGCGCUCCGCUCUCACAUCUCCUCCUUUUGCUUUUGCUUUUGAUUUUUUUCAAUUUUCGAACUCGCUCCCCCCUCCGCUCUCUCCCCGCCUUCCCUCCGCCGCCUCCUUUCCCCUCCCCGCUUCCCCAGGGCCGGGACUCGGGACGCCGCUCGGUGCCCGCCCGCCGCUGCCCGUGAGGAAGAGGCGGCCUCACCCCCCCCCCCCCCUCCCCUCCUCCACCCCCCGCUCCUCCCGCCGACCGCGACUCGCCCCGACCCGGGAGGGAGCCGCUCGCUGCCCGCUCCUCCUCCUCCUGCAGCGGGGGCCGCAUCCUGCUGCCGGGGGGGAGGGAAUUGAUGUGGAGACCCAGCGCAGCACCAUGCAGCCCCCGCCGAGAAAGGUGAAAGUUACACAAGAGCUAAAAAACAUUCAGGUUGAGCAGAUGACAAAACUUCAGGCCAAGCAUCAGGCAGAAUGUGAGCUACUUGAAGAUAUCAGAGCGUUCAGUCAGAAAAGGGCUGCGAUCGAAAGAGAAUAUGCACAGAGCAUUCAGAAGCUGGCGAGCCAAUACCUAAAGAAGGACUGGCUGGGAAUAAAAGCUGAUGAACGAAGCGAUUAUAGGAGCAUGUACUCGGUUUGGAAAUCGCUUCUCGAAGGCACGAUGCAAGUGGCCCAAUCCCGCCUCAAUAUCUGCGAGAACUAUAAAAACUUAAUUUCGGAACCGGCCAGGACUGUACGGUGCUUUAAGGAACAGCAGCUCAAAAAGUGCGUGGAGCAGUUGACGAGGAUCCAAGCUGAACUACAAGAGACGGUAAAAGAUUUAGCUAAAGGCAAGAAGAAAUAUUUUGAGACGGAACAGAUGGCUCAAGCGGUGCGGGAGAAAGCCGAUAUUGAGGCCAAGUCCAAACUUAGUCUUUUUCAGUCCCGAAUAAGCUUGCAGAAGGCGAGCGUGAAGUUAAAAGCGCGCCGAUCCGAGUGUAAUUCCAAGGCCAUCCAUGCCAGGAACGAUUAUCUUCUCACCUUAGCGGCUGCCAACGCGCACCAAGAUCGCUACUAUCAGACGGACCUAGUGAACAUUAUGAAGGCUCUGGAUGGAAACGUAUACGAUCACCUGAAGGACUAUUUAAUGGCAUUCAGCAGGACUGAACUAGAGACGUGCCAAGCUGUACAGAACACCUUCCAGUUUUUACUGGAGACUUCCAGCAGGGUGGUGCGGGAUUACAACCUCCAGCUGUUUCUACAGGAGAACUCCGUGUUCCACAAACCACAGCCUUUCCAGUUCCAACCCAGCGACAGCGACACCAGUUUUAACACCGUCCAGCUGGUGGAUAUUGAGCCCUCCCCGGUCAGUGCUAUGAGAAUGACCAUAGCAGAGAGUCGACAACUGGAAUCGGAAACUGGAACGACCGAAGAGCACAGCCUCAACAAGGAGGCACGCAAAUGGGCUACGCGGGUAGCCCGCGAACACAAAAACAUCAUCCACAGUCAACGGACGCUUGAAGAGCUCGAGUGCCAUGGGCCUGUGAUGUCUGAGCAAACCCGAGCAGAACUGGAGCAGAAAAUAGAUGAAGCAAGAGAGAGUAUCCGCAAGGCUGAGAUAAUUAAGCUGAAAGCCGAAGCCCGUCUGGAGCUGCUGAAGCAGAUCGGCGUGUCCGUGGAUACGUGGUUAAAAAGCGCCAUGAACCAAGUGAUGGAAGAGCUGGAGAACGAGCGCUGGGCCGGGCUGCCCUCGGUGACCAACAACGGCUCUGCGCACAUGAUUAACGCUGAUGCAGAAAAGGAAGAAGGGGAAGAGUUUGAAGACAACAUGGAUGUGUUUGAUGACAGUAGUUCUAGUCCUUCUGGUACUCUAAGAAAUUAUCCCCUCACCUGCAAAGUUGUUUAUUCAUAUAAGGCUUCUCAGCCGGAUGAACUGACCAUAGAGGAGCACGAGGUGUUGGAGGUUAUCGAGGAUGGGGAUAUGGAAGACUGGGUGAAGGCCCGGAACAAAGCGGGGCAGGUGGGGUACGUGCCUGAGAAGUACCUGCAGUUCCCGACGUCCAGCAGCCUCCUGAGCAUGUUACAGUCGCUGGCGGCGCUGGACGCGCGGUCCCACACCUCCAACAACUCCACCGAGGCCGAUUUAGUCUCAGGCAGCCUGAACGGAGACUCCAGCGUCUGUUUUGUAAAAGCACUUUAUGAUUACGAGGGCCAGACAGACGACGAGCUGUCCUUCCCGGAAGGAGCCAUCAUCCGCAUCCUGAACAAGGAAAACCAAGACGACGAUGGUUUUUGGGAAGGAGAAUUCAACGGGCGCGUCGGGGUGUUCCCAUCGGUGCUGGUCGAGGAGCUGACGGCGUCCGAAAAUGGAGACGCUCCAUGGAUUGGAGAUACUCAGGUAUCGCCGACUCCGAAGCCCAAUCACAACCUCCCACCGCUGCCGCUCUAUGACCAACCUCCCACCAGUCCCUACCACAGUCCAGAGAAAAGAGCUUCUCAGUAUUUCCCCAGAUCGCCCUCAACUAACGAAAACAGCUUCGGUUCGGAGUCCCCUGGCUUUUCGCAGCCUCCGCGGAUUCCUCCCGAAACGUCCUACGGCAAACUGCGGCCUGUGCGAGCGGCUCCGCCACCCCCAACGCAGCAUCAUCGGCGGCCGACGGAGAAGAUCGAGGACGUGGAGAUCACGCUGGUCUAAGGCCGGGACUAGUUAAGCCGUAGCGCUCCAAUCAAGACCAAACGCGAGAUUUGGUUGAGCUCGUUUGUUUUUUAGGCACCUUUGCAUGAUGAAGACUUUGAAUAGAGCAAGAGAUAGGGAGGAUUUGAUGUGGCGGUGACCCGGUGGAUUCCUUCCCGCAGUCAUGAAUAUUUUGUGCCUUUUUUUGGGGUUUCUUUGGGGGUUGUUUUGAUUUCUAGACAUCAUUCUUCCUCUCUUAGCACAAACCAAGCCGGGCCAAACAGCGAGCAGAGGAUUAUUUGCUGCGGAGCAGGUUUGGCACUUGGCUGAAAACAGUCAAUUUUUAUACGGAGGCUGAGGAAAAAGCAAAAGAAAAGCCUCAUUCAUGCAAUUUAGUCGUCGCAUCCUUCGCUCACGUGCGUUAGUACAGUAUAUUACUGUCGCCAUAGGAAUGUGGUAAGGAUUGUCGGUUCUUCAAGUAGCGUCACUCGUCUGAUUAGCUCCUAAUCGGAUCUCGCGGAACGGAAAAGGGAACGGAACAAAUGAAUCUAAGGAGAGGCUGGAUCCUCUUGAAAAAUCCCCUCGCAGAAAGGAAGACGCAGGAAAAGUUAAUCUUAUAGGUAAGGAAAACUGAGGCAGAUCACGUGGCGUUAAUUCCAUUAACGCCCCCCUCUUCGGUAAUUAACAGUUAACCGGAACUAAAUGUUCUUUGUAUUAAUAUUUAUGCAGUACAUUUAGUAAUAGAGUCUCUAAUACGGAGGUGCUGAAUUAGUAGCAACAUCUUGUUCCGUAGCGUAAGCCAACUGGUAGAAAAGUCAGUGAGGUUUUGUCUAGACCUGGAAAUUGAGCUUCAUUUGCUUUGUUUUCUUAGCAGAUUUUGGGCAAUUUUUACUUUUUUUAAAGUAUUUGGGUCACUCUUACCCCAGUUAUUGCCGUGUGCUUUAUAAUCCAACGCGAGCAGUGUAUCCUUGUCAUCAAAACAUCUGGCUAGAGGUAGAAAUUCCAUUUAGAGCUAUUUACACGCGUUAUUUAGGUUUUGCAUCGGAUGCUCCUGUAGCAUUUUCCCUUGAACCAGCCAAAGCCCCCCAAAAAUUUUGCGGAGCCUUCAUCCCGACUUUGUGACCAAGACUAUGGUCUCAACUUACUCUAAGGCAAGGAAAUAAUUCCAAAAAUCCAAUUUUCAAUCAGAAUCGAUAUUUGCUGUUUGCAAGGAAAGGGUUCUGAGGCGCAACACGGUCAGAACAAAGGGAAAAACUGGAUGGAAACAGCUUUUUCUUUGUGUGCUUACUGAAUUAUUUCCAGCCAUCUCCAUCAGGUCAAAGCUUCGCUUAAAAGGCAUCACAAGGUUGGGUUUUUCAUGGUUUGUGGGUUCUUUAAUGCGCUCUUAUGUCUUCAUUUUGUUUUUCCUAAGCCAGUAAGUUUUCUACCUUUCAUUUACUAACAAGGGCUAUUUUUUGAGGCUGCACUUACACACAAAAUUCAUCUAACAAGAUUUUUAUCAUCAACUUUGCACAUACUUGGGUCUCCGAGACGUUUGUGUUUGCCAAUCUCCUUUCCCAGUGGGAUCUUAAACCAAAAGUGGGGCCGUUGGAAGGAAAAUCAUUCAUGGAUCAGUUCGGAAUCCGGCGACUGUCCAAUGAAGGUUUUUUCCAUCUUUGUCAUUCUUUUUGCACCUCUUGUCCUGUUGAUCUGUUCGAGGUCUUUUUUAUGUGUUUAUCGAACUUAUUCUUAAGUUUAAAAGAAAGAAAAGGUUUUAAAAAAAGAAGAUUUAACUGUUUGCGAUGAUUUCGAAAGCUUCACAGCGCAGAAGAAAAGCAACUAUUGCCAUAGCGUUCACGUUCCAUUUCUUUGGCCAGUUUUAUUCUGUGUCCUUCACACCCGGACUUUUCAAAGUUCAGAAAGUGUUAUUUAAAGUCUCUUUAGUUGUAUUUUAAAAUAUUUUCUGUAAGAGCUGCUAAUUUUAUUUAAAAAGGAAAAACAAAAAAAAAGUAAGUUGUACAAAUAUGCCUCCUUUUUACCUAUGAUUUCUUCAUACAGGGCAUGUAUCGGCCGUAUCAUCGUGUACAGCGUCAGUACACUGAAAGCAUUGCCUGCAAAUGCUUUCUUUAUAUUGGCUGUAAAAAGUUUGUAUUUAUUAUGUAUAAAAAGUUGAAUAAUAAAAAAAGUGGAACUAAA